AUGGAGCAGGGGAUCGUUGAGUCCUCAGUGUCUUCGCUGCGCCAUAUCACCAAUUGGGAUGAUAAACACAGCGGCAACGAAUCUGAGGGGGACCGCGCAGGGAAUGGCGAGAUCAAGUACCUAGGGGUGACUCCGCCGAUAUCUACCGAGCCGCCCAAGCCGGCGGAUCAUCUCGCCAGCGAGGCGUUGAUGAGGGAUCUGAUAGCCCUGGCGCAAUUCGAGUCGGACUCGGAGCGGAAAGUCCGAGAGAGACUACUGAGCAACAUCGCUCAGCUGGUCAGCAAGUUUGUGCACGAUGUAUCGAUAAAGUCGGGGAUGUCGGAGAAGGUUGCGUCGGAAGCGGGAGGGCGGAUAUAUACCUCUGGGUCUUAUCGACUAGGCGUACAUGGUCCUGCUUCUGAUAUUGAUACCAUCUGCGUCUGUCCACGCCAUAUCUUCAGGGAACACUUCUUUGGCGAGUUCCGCCAGAUGCUGCGCGACUGGCCAGCUGUUACGGAGAUAUCAGCGGUCGAAUCAGCGUUCGUACCCGUCAUGAAGACGGUCAUCUCGGGAGUGGAGGUGGAUCUGCUAUUUGCGAGGGUAAAUCUGGCGGAAGCGGGGGACAAGCUGGAUAUCGAAAAGGACGAGAUUUUGCGGGGAGUCGACGAUGCAAGUCAGAGGAGUUUGAACGGUCCUCGAGUUACAGAUAUGAUCCUCAACCUAGUUCCGGACGUAGCGAUCUACCGGACCGCCCUUCGAGCUAUUCGAUUAUGGGCCAAGCGGAGAGGAAUCUACUCGAACGUCUUGGGUUUCCCCGGUGGUGUGGCGUGGUCGUUAUUGGCAGCGAGGAUAUGUCAGCUGUACCCGACUGCCGCUCCUGCGGUGAUUGUGGGGAAGUUCUUCCCGAUCUACUAUCAAUGGCGCUGGCCGGACCCGGUCAUGCUCAAGAAGAUUGACCAGGGACCUCAGAACAUGCAACAUCCAGUGUGGAACCCUCGGCUCGACCGCAGAGACCAAGCGCAUCGGAUGCCAGUCAUCACGCCCGCGUACCCAUCCAUGUGCUCAACACAUAACAUUACCGCCUCGACCAUGUCUGUGGUCCGAGAUGAGAUGCUGCGAGCGAUGCAGAUCACAGACAAGAUCUUGGCCAAUCCGGGUAGCUCAUGGAUGGAACUCUUCGACAAGGUCGAUUUCUUCGGACUAUACAAGACCUAUGUACAGGUCAUCGCUUCGGCGUCAUCACAGGAGAAGAUCAAGGACUGGGGAGGGACGGUCGAAUCACGUAUACGAACCCUCGUCCAAGACCUUGAGAAUACCGAUAUCAUCGUCACCGCCCACCCUCUCAUCUACGGUAUCCCCAACACCUUCUACUGCCUGACCGAGGAGGAACAAGCAGCUGCGAGUCAGGGCGAACUCUCUGAAGCUGCCAUGCGGCGGAAAGAGAGCGAUAUGGAGGGGAAGGAAUACAAAAAGGUGUGGACGAAGAGCUUCUUUGUGGGCUUGGAGAUUGAGAAGAAGCCGAAAGAUGCGUCUCAGUCCAGAAUUCUUAAUCUCUUUUACCCCAGUAAGAGAUUCUGCGCGGCGUGCCAGGGAUGGGACAAGUAUGAUGAGAUGGAGAUGAGCGUAAUUCUGCGACCGGCGAAGCGAUCGGAAUUGCCGUUCUAUUGCUUCCCUGAUGGGCAGGCGAAGGGGAAGAAAAAGACUAAGCGGGGCACGCCAAGUGGUUUUGCCGAUGCUGGGGUGGACGACUCGAUGGAUGGGCAAGGACCAAGUAAACGGCCAAAAUCCGCACUCGGCUCAGACGACGCCCGCCUCGCAGACGGCACUGUCCUCUCUUCCCACUCCGCCCCAAUCGAACAAACACCCAACGGUGUCCCCCUCCUCCCCCUCCGCACCCCUCAACCCCAAAUGGCUUCUGGCUCCUCGUACCCCCUCUCUGCACAUGUGCCGACCGCAAAUGACGCCGACCCCGUACCGACCAACGGUAAUUCCGUCAUGCCCGAUAUGGCACCCCCGCCUGCUAUACAGGGAAUGAAACCGCUGUCCUCAGAAUCGAUGGCGGGGUUCGCGAGUGCCGCGAAGGGGGUGACAACGGAGAAGGAGCUGGAAGGGGCGGGGGGAAGUAAUGCCGCGGGGUUGAUGGUUUUGAACGGGUCGGGAUGA